CAUACAGGACAAAUUCAGUGCUUUCAUUUAUUGCCAAACAUUCCCUUUGUCUUUAAAACAAUAGCCUAAUAAUAAAAAAGACAAUACGGUCAAGAAUAAAACGUAUGCUCGAAAGGACAAAAGAGCAAGGUACAGCGACAGUAUCGCAGAAGAUUGAAGAGACCGUGUACACCUUGUCCAUCUGUGGCUCUGUGGAGAAGCCCUGAACCCUUUAAGAUAUACAGUCAACAACCACUCUUCACAACCGUUCUCUGCCCCGUUAACCUGGAGUACAGAUGAUCUUGCCAUGUUCUAAAAGUAUUGCUACAAAGAAGACGAGGAAGUAGAUCGGUGCCAAACCGGGCCUUAGGAGUGUCAGGGGCCAGGCAGAGUGAGGGUUAUCUGUUUAAGAAAUGCCCUCGCCCCCCAAUGAUGGAGACGAUCAAGGAACGUCCCCCGUGAACAUGCCACCGGCUCUCUCCAAUCAGAAUGGAGUGAAGAGGAAGGUUCACACCAAGAAAAAGAAGAAGGGCUUUAUCACAGCCAACGUUGUAGGAACAAAAUAUGAGAUUGUUCGUAUUGUAAUUGAGGAGAUGAUCUUUCAUAAAGCCAGAGAUGAUGAUGAGAUGGCCAAUCUCAUCUGGAAUGACUCCGCUGUGCAACACGAGAAAAUCGCUGAGCUCAGGAACUACCAGAGGAUAAACCAUUUCCCGGGAAUGGGUGAGAUAUGUCGGAAAGACUGUUUGGCAAGGAACAUGGCCAAAAUGAUAAAAAGUCAGCCUCAGGAAUAUAACUUCAUCCCUAAAACCUGGAUCUUCCCAGCCGAGUGCACUCAGUUCCAGAACUACGUGAAGGAGCUGAAACGAAAGCGCAAGCAGAAAACAUUCAUCGUUAAGCCUGCAAAUGGAGCUAUGGGUCAUGGGAUAUCUCUGAUUCGGAACUAUGAAAAGCUCCCAGUCCAAGAUCACUUCAUUGUGCAGGAAUAUUUAGACAAGCCCUUCCUCAUGGAGGGAUACAAGUUUGACCUGAGAUUCUACAUCCUCGUCACUUCCUGUGAUCCACUGCGUGUCUUCCUCUACAACGAUGGCCUGGUGCGAAUGGGCACAGAGAAGUACCAUGCACCCAGCGAGUCAAACCUGAACCAGCUGUACAUGCACUUGACCAACUACUCUGUCAACAAACAUAACGAGAACUUCGAGCGAGACGAAACAGUAGACAAAGGCAGCAAAAGAUCCAUCGGUUGGUUCACAGAGUUCCUCCGAACAAAUGAUUACGACGUGGCCAAAUUCUGGGGCGACGUAUCAGAGCUGGUGGUGAAGACCCUGAUAGUGGCCGAGCCGCAUGCCCUCCACGCUUAUCGUAUGUGCCGUCCGGGACAGCCACCAGGGAGUGCCAGUGUCUGCUUCGAGGUGCUUGGAUUUGACAUCAUCCUGGACCGCAAACUCAAGCCCUGGCUGCUAGAGAUCAAUCGUGCUCCGAGUUUUGGGACGGAUCAAAAGAUUGAUUAUGAUGUGAAGAAGGGGGUUUUGCUCGACACCCUAAAACUGCUCAACAUCAGAGCGAGUGAUAAACGGCGAAAUCUGGCCCAACAGAAGGCGGAAGCCCAACGGCGACUGUACGGACAGGGAUCCAUGCGGAAGCUGACGGCUGGAUCAUCGGAAUGGGAGAAACAGCGUCACCUUCUGGAGCGCAGGAGAGAGGAACUGAAAGAAAGACUGGCCCAAGUUCGCAAGCAGGUCUCCAGGGACGAGCAUGAAAAGCGCCACCUGGGGAACUACAGACGUAUUUACCCCCCAGAUGACAAGCUGCUCUUGGAGAAAUAUGAGAGUCUCCUUUCAGCCGCCUUUCAGACAUUCCUCACUGGGCGAGCAGCUUCACUUCAAAAGGAAAUGAAUAAUCCACUGAAACGAAUGAAGGAGGAAGAUAUCUUAGACCUGCUGGAGCAGUGUGAACUGGAUGAUGAGAAACUGAUGGGAAAAACCUCCAAACAGAAAGGACCUAAGGUCUUGUCCUCCAUGCCUGAGAGCAGCCCGUCGCCCAGGGGGCACAGAGACCCCCAGAACUCUUCAGGAAGCUGCAGCGACAGCAGCUCAGGCUCGGAUGCUGAUGGAGAGGAUGAAAGUAGCAGCAUCACGCAGGAGAAACUCAAUCGCCCUGAACGCUCCAGCCGUGUUCAUUGGAAACCCUCCCCUAAACCGCUCAGAGCUCCUUCCUCCUCCCCCAAUCUUUCUGGACUCAUUCGCCGUUCCAUGUCCUGUCCACGCUCCAUAUCCUCUCUGACUGCGCAAUCACCUACCAACGAGACCAGACGGCCAAAAACAGCCACUCACACGGCUAAUGUCCCGACUGCAGCCACCCAGACAGCGGCAACCAUGACGCCCAUGACUCUAGUGCGAACGCACACAGCAUCUCGCUCCCAAUCGCUCAGUCGCAACAGCUCUGCAAACAGAGUUCCACACAGCUGCAGUCUGGGUGCCAUUCACCCCAGUACGGGGGAGACUCAGCUGAGUAAAGAGCAGGAAGCCGAGCUGAUGCAGCAGACGCUGACGGCACUCGGGGAGAUGCGGAUUCGUUACCCGGGGAAGAGUGAAGAGGAGGCCGAGGCUGUGCUGGACGAGAUUCUGAACAACUGGAAAUACCAUAAACCAAAAGUGGCAUCUUACUGGCUGGUGAAGUUAGACGCCACCAAACAGCGGAAGGUUUUGGACAUUGUUCAUACCAACAUCCGCUUGGUGCUGCAGAGGAUCUGGAGUGAGCCAGAUAUGGAGAGUCUACGUCUCUAUCGCCUUUUCAAUCGUGUGUUUAACCGUCUACUCUGGAGUCACGGUCAGGGGCUCUGGAACUGCCUGUCCAGCUCUGGCAGGUCGUCGUGGGAGAGCAUCUUCAAUAAGAGUAGUGAGGUGUUGUCUGUGCAGGAGCUGAGAUGCUGUCAGCAUGUCGUACAGCUCUGUAGAGACUGUCUGCUCGUGGUCUACAAAUUUGUAGCUGACUCCCGUGGUUCGCUCAGUGGACUCAGCCCAGACUGGGAUGAUACAAGGUAUCUGCUGCCAGUCACCUCCCAGUUCAUCAUAAAGUGGCCAUCAGUGAGCUUUGGCCGCUCGGCGUCCUCGUCGCGCCCCCGAAGUGUAUUUACAGCACGAAUGGGCCACUUCUGAUGGCUGCUGGACUUCAACGCCAAAUCCAGUGUUGGAAAGGCAUCACACCUGGGACCUCCACAAACUCCAGCAGCAUAUUUAAAGGGGUUUGCCUGCAUGCAUUGUUCAUGCAUCAGAUGCAGAUGAUUGUGCAGUCCCUGCAUCCUAUUUGCUGUAAAAUAUUUGCUGCACUGCUAAAGAUGAACAUAUUGCAUUUAUUUUCAAGACUGUAAAAUUAUUCCAUGAAUAACCGUGAAUGUUUCAGUCUCAUUGAGUAAACAGAUCAUGUUCACAUUUGAGGUUUGUUUUUGUUGUCAACGUUUUCCUGCACAACAUGAUGUCACUUCUUAACAUACACUUUAUAUUUGAGUUCAGUUCUUCCCAAAGGAAACAUUACAAGUGUAAGGGGGCGUUCAGACAGGAUGCGUUCUUGCAUCCAAAAACAGCUAGAUUAUUUUACUUGACACGGCAUAGUCUCUGUAGUCAUAUAAACAACCACUCAGUACCUAGAAUGAUUUAAGUUUCACUAAUAUUACAAAUUAGCAUUUUAACAUGCUUUUCAAAAUGCACACAUAAACAAUAAUGGUUCUUGAUUCAUUUUUAGUAUAAACAUAGUUUAACUUGUGGCUCUGUGAGCAUUUAGAGCUGAUUCAGUCCAUGAUUUAGACCAUUGACGUAAUUGUGUUCAAUUCAGUCUGAUUCAUCAGUUGGUGGAUUGGCGAGGACAGCGCAAUAAAACAGUAUGUUCACUUUUUAUUGUCAAUAUAUGAUUUCGCAGCACCCAGGCUAUCUCUCUCACAAGCUCACAAUUCACAAGUUCACAACAGAUAAUGUACAGUAUGUGUAUAUAUAUAUAUAUAUAUAUAUAUAUAUAUAUAUAUAUACAUGCCUAGAUAUAUAUAUACUUGUAACAAUUAAGGAUGGCAAAGGAGGAAGCUGGAACUUGCUUGACACAUAGACAUUUAAUAACACUUUUCAGUGUAUAAAGAAACAAAAACACGCACUGCUUUUUAGCCAGCUAUGUCAAAUCAUAAAACACACACAAGAACGCGGACAAGCUACGUGCAUCUCUCUCCCAUCUGCCGCUGUCUCUUCUCCUUAAAUACUCCCGCCUCCCCUCACUGGAACGCGAGGCCGGUGUGGCGCGCAGGUGAAAGUCAUUCGCCACUUAUCUUCCCGGCCUCGCUCUGCCCAGACGCCACUCGGCUCCACCCUGCUCACCACAAUACUGUAUGUAUAUAUAUAUAUAUAUAUAUAUAUAUCAAUUCCUGUGGCAGCGCUCCUGAAUACCAGUGCAGAAAACAUUGGUAUACAUAGACCAAGAAUGAAAAAAACAGUGCAAAUGGAAUUCAAGAACGCACCCUGUGUAAACGCCGUUUAAGAAUGAUUCAGAAAGGGUCAGGGUUAGUUUUAGGGGGUUAAUAAGUUAGGUUAGGGUUUAGGUUUAGUUAGGAUUAGGUGUUUAUGGGAGUUAUAGAGUUAGGAAUUAUAAAUGUUUACUGUUUGGAGUAAAUGCUCUACGUUAUACUAGACUAUAGUUGCCUGUUCUGAACCUAAAGCUAAGAUCACCUAUCAACUUAAGGGACAUAAGUCUCCUUUAUAUAACGUUAUGAGCCAUAUUGUGUAGAUGCAAAUAUUAACCUCACUGUCUGAGCUGUCUGAUGUUUGUUUUUGCAGUAAAGAUGAGUGGGGACCUUCAGUAUUGCUGCUGGUAGAGUAAGAAAAAUAUGCGAAAACUCGGAUGGUGGCAUCUUAAAGAUACUUGAAUUAAUUUAUGCUAUUUAUUUUAUUAAACAAUUUCUGUAUUUACAUUUAUAUCUUAUUUAAAAUAUUAAUUAUGUUGAACCAUUGCAUUACCAAUGUAUAAGUGAUUUUACAUUUCCAUUCAUAAACUUUUUAUGAAAGUACUGUAAUAAGUGCUAAUUGCAGAGCUUUGCUUUGGAUCUAAUUAGGAUAAAUGUUCAUGUUUGUGUUUUAGUAAGUGACCUGGAAGUGCCAGCUCAUACCACGCUGUGCCAACACUACUCACAACCAGCAGUAUGUUUUAAUUCGAUGGACUGUUUAGGAGCUGUGACUGUCUGCAAUAUUCAUUUAAUACAUUCAUGAUAUUUCCAGGACAGAAUGUGUCUUUUAAAACAGUGGUUCUCAUCUGGCUUCAAUCAAACAUUGAGGAAUUUAUUGUUAAUUUAGCAAAGGUGUUUUGUUAAAAUGACCAUCAAAAACUUCCUAUUUUUUUGUUUGUAAAUUUCACUAGAAUUUCAGUGAAUUUAAACUCUCUUUAAAGCCAAUAAUUCACUGUUUAAAACAAACUGUGGUUGUCACAAACCAUGUUUAUUUUCAUGUCAAACUGUAUUUAAUGUAGUCUGGUUCACUUUUUUUGUAUUUUUAUUUUAUAUAUUUUUGUUCAUUUAAAUUUUUUUGAGGAUGUCGUGUCUCGUAAUCUUUUCAUGUGGGUGUCUGCUAACCUGGCUCGCUUCUUCCAGAUGAAUUUGCGCCAAAAUACAGUAAAGCUUUACGUAUUUACAUUUUUUAAGCCUAUUUAUUUUGUUAAUCUAAAUAUGCAUGAUUAUAUUGUAUGUUUAGUUGCAUUUUCAUAAUGUGCAUUUACCAUUGACCACUGAUCACCAGUUGAGAACCACUGCCUUAAAAACCUUGGCUGGUGUUUUUUUUAUUUUUUUAUUUGUUUAUUUGUUUAAUAAAAGACUUAUAGUGACAAUGUUUUGACAGCCAACAAAAACUUCUGAAAAUGGCGAUAUCCUAACAUUUAUUCAACAGGCCAUUUCACCCACCUUUCCAUCAUGCCACAAUGCCAAAUAUUAUUUUUGCCUGAAUUUUCAUUCAGGAUAAUGGUUUUUAAUAGCAAUAAAAGGCUUAAAACAUCUAUAAAAAAUAAAAUAAAAAACUCCACAGAGUUUUAUUUGGGAUUCCUGUUGUGUCUGACCUGUCUUACUUUUAUUUGUAUCUCCUGAUGGUGUCUUAAAAUGAGGUACCUCACACACACUUACAAACCACAGCCCAUACAGAACUGACACUCCAUGUCAUUCCACACAGUCUCACGUGAGAUUCCAGAGCAUAACUUUGUCAUGUUUUGAUCUAACCUAAGGUCAUUCCUUAACAAUAAGAACUAGUCUGUUAAACUCAUUGUUUCCUUUUUCUUGCAGCAAAAGAAUGAAUGUGACAGCAUUACUUAUCAA